AUCCUGUUCCAACUCCACGGAAUGUUUGCGUGGGGCCGACCUGGGCUUGAAAGUCACAGAACAGUUGAUCUCCAUAGAAACUACAACUUCCAUCAGGCACUACUUCAGCGGAACAGGAAAGGAUGCGGGGGCGUGGCGUCAACGCCCCGGUAGCUCGGAAGACAAACUGCAACCCCCCAGGACAGCGCGAGAUCUCCGCGGAGCGAAGAGUGACCGAUCUCCGGCAGGAGGCGGGGCCGGCCGGGAACCACCCGCACAGCCUCCAGAAAGGGGCGUGUCCGCUGCUUGGGGGCGUGGCCUCGAGCCACUGGAGGAAGUUACCUGUUGAAUCGUUCUGAUCCCUAAGAGGGAAGCCGCCCACCACAAGCCUCCUCCGAAAGCGAGGUAAGGGGAGGUAGACCAGGGGCGGCGGCGGCGACUCGCUAUUACAUCUCGCAGGAGGGGCCCAACAGCUACUUUUUACCUGCUGAGUCAGCUGCAGACCCGUUGACGAACUGUGCCUGGGGCACUCUCGCGGCCUCGGGAGGAAAGAAGAACGCGGGCGACUUUUUGGCAGCAAAGGAACGGUCCGUCUAAGCGUCCUCCCUAGCCCCAAAGGGUUGAGCCACAUGGCUUCCGCGGUCUGGGGGAGUGCGCCCUGGUGGGGCCCGCCGCCCCCAGCCCCAGCCCGGCCGCUCACGGACAUCGACUUCUGCUCCGGGGCGCAGCUGCAGGAACUAACCCAGCUGAUCCAGGAGCUGGGUGUGCAGGAGAGCUGGAGCGAGGCGCCCAAGCCGGGACCAGACCUCCUCCGGGCCAAGGACUUCGUCUUCUCUUUGCUUGGCCUUGUUCACCGCCGGGACCCCCGCUUUCCUCCCCAAGCAGAGCUCUUGCUGCUUCGUGGUGGGAUUCGCGAGGGCUCCCUGGAUCUGGGACCUGCACCCCUAGGUCCUUACAUCCGGGGACCUCAUUACGACGCCGGCUUUACACUCCUAGUGCCCGUGUUUUCGCUAGACGGCACUGGGCGGGAGGUGCAACUGGACGUGGAGUCCUGUUACGCGUGGCUGUGCCUCCCAGAGCAGAUAGGCGGAACCUCGAUCCGGGAGGCUUGGCAGGAUUGCCUAGGACCUCCAGUCCCAGGAGGACGUGAUUCCAGCCACCGAACCGAAAGCGAAGGGAGUCCCAAGGGUCGGCAAAGCUCCACGGACCAGCCGCACGGUUAUGUCACUGAACCUGAGCCAAACGUGUCUUUGGAAAAAUCAUCGAGUAACGUUCCGGGGCCGGAGCCGCCUGGGCAGGACAUAAUCGAUCUUGGCUUUUCUACCCCACUGGAAAACCUGAGUGGUGACGUCACCAAAGCAGCCGUCCUUAGCCCAGUCCCACAGCCGUGGGAAGAUUGGGAGGCAUGGCCCACACUUUGCCCCGCCCAGGUGGCUGCGUGGUUCUUUGCUUCACUGGCCGCGGUCGCCGAGUCCCUGUUCCCGGUCCCGGGUGCCCCACGCUUGGUCCACGCAGCCCGCCACGCGGGGUUCACUACCGUCCUCCUGGCCACGCCGGGGCCCCCGCGCCGCGUCCUGCUCUUCGACCUGAUUCCCGUGGUGUCCGUGGCCGGCUGGCCCGAGGGUGCUCGGAGCCACUCGUGGGCCGGCCCGCUGGCCUCCGAGUCGUCAUCCUUCUACCUGGUGCCCGGCGGCCACACCGAGCAGCCGGGCGCCUCCGGCUGGCAGCUCUGCUUCGCCCGCCAGGAGCUGGCGCUCAAGACGCGCAUUCCCGCUCCGCUGCUGCAAGCGCACGCGGCGGCCCAGGCGCUGCUGCGCCCGCUGGUGGCCGGGACCCGGGCCGCGGCGCCCUACCUCCUGCGGACGCUGCUCUACUGGGCGUGCGAGCGGCUGCCCGCGCUCUAUCUCGCGCGGCCCGAGAACGCGGGCGCCUGCUGCCUCGGGCUGCUGGAUGAGCUGGGCCGCGUGCUCGAGGCCGGGACACUGCCCCACUAUUUUCUGAGCGGCCAGAAGCUCCGUGCGGGGGAUGGCGCCGCGGCGCUGCUCGGGGCGUUGGCCCGGCUCCGCGGGGACCCAGCCCGGGCCCUGCGCGCCGCGGUGGAGGAGGCCAAGGCUGCACGCAAGGGGGGCGGCUUAGCGGGGGUGGGAGGCAGGGCCCAUUAAAGACGCUGUUCCUACCCGCGUGGAAA